AUGGACGACCUUUAUGAUGAGUUUGGCAACUACAUCGGAGAAGCUGGUGAAUCGGAAGAGGAAUCACAGCAUGGAGAUGUCCCGGCGCAGGCUUACACCUAUGAUGAGUUUGAGGAGGAGGAGGAGCAGGAGCAGGAGAAUGUCGCCCAUGAACAACAGUUGAUGGAAGUUGACGAAGGUCCUUCCAAUGCUGUUGUUCUCCACGAAGACAAACAAUACUAUCCAAGCGCGCAGCAAGUAUAUGGAACUGAGGUUGAGACGUUGGUUCAAGAGGAGGACACUCAACCGCUUUCGGAACCGAUCAUCAAGCCUGUGCAACAGAAGAAAUUUGCGAUCCAGGAAGCCGAUCUGCCCCCUGUUUUCUAUUCGCGCGAGUUUAUGACCGAUUUGCUUAACUUUCCAGAUCAGAUCAGAAAUAUUGCAUUUGCGGGUCACCUACACCACGGGAAGACUGCCUUAAUGGACAUGUUGGUGAUGCAGACCCAUGAUCUCAGUGAACGACUAGCGAAGAGAACAGGCAAACGGAGAGACGAGCAGCUGCGCUACACCGACGUGCACGUCCUGGAGCGAGAACGUGGGUUGUCGAUAAAAUCAGCGCCAAUGAGCUUGGUCCUCCAAGGGACCAAGGGAAAGUCGCACCUGUUCAAUAUCCUGGACACUCCAGGGCACGUAAACUUUGUCGACGAGGUCGCUGCAUCGCUACGAUUGGUGGAUGGCGUGGUCCUUGUUGUGGACGUGGUCGAAGGCGUUCAAGCAAACACCGAGCAAAUCAUCAGAUAUGCAGUGCUAGAAGAUCUUCCUCUGACGCUGGUGGUGAACAAGAUGGAUAGGCUCAUUCUUGAACUGAAGCUACCUCCAAAUGAUGCAUAUUUCAAGUUAAAGCAUGUUAUUGAGGAAGUUAAUUCUGUGAUUGAGAAAGCUAUCCCUGGCCAGGGAGAGAGCAGACGCCUGAGCCCGGAAAAAGGCAAUGUCGCUUUUGCCUGUAGCUCGAUGGGCUGGUGUUUUACCCUACCGUCUUUCGCCAAGAUGUACGCCGAGAGCCAUCCCAAGCUUGAUGCGGCCGAAUUCGCACCGCGGUUAUGGGGCGAUAUAUUCUUCAACCCCAGGAGUCGCAAAUUCACGCGGAAGGGAAUAGAGGAAGGAUCAAAGCGGACAUUUGUCAGCUUUGUCCUGGAGCCGAUCUAUAAGCUUUAUUCUCACACCAUCAGCGAGAGCCCAGAAGAUCUGAAAGAAACAUUGGCGACUUUGAACAUUUAUCUGAAACCUUCGCAGCUCAAGUCAGACGCCAAGGUGUUACUUAACCUGGUUUGUGAGCAAUUUUUUGGCCCGGCAACAGGUUUCGUGGACAUGGUCGUCCAGCACAUCCCAUCUCCAGUAGAGGGUGCUCAGAAGAAAUUGGAGCGAUACUAUACGGGCCCAUUGGAUACCAAUGUAGCCAGAGCCAUGGCGGCUUGCGACCAAGAUGGGCCCCUGGUGAUUCAGGUCACGAAGCUCUUCAGCAGCGUGGACGCUGCAAAGUUCAAUGCAUUUGGGAGAAUUUUGAGUGGUACAGCUCGACCAGGUCAGCAGGUCCGUGUGUUAGGAGAGGGCUAUACCAUUGAUGAUGAGGAGGAUAUGGUUAUUGCUACCAUCUCUGACACAUGGAUUGCCGAGACACGCUAUAACAUCCCGACUGACGGAGUGCCUGCGGGCAAUUGGGUGCUUUUGGGUGGUGUGGACAAUUCGAUCGUCAAGACCGCAACGCUUGUCCCACUCAAAUUAGACAAUGACGAAGAUGCCUACAUCUUCAAACCGAUCAAGCAUAUGACCGAGUCGGUAUUCAAAGUCGCGGUGGAACCUAUCAAUCCCUCUGAACUUCCCAAGAUGCUUGAGGGUCUACGAAAAAUCAAUAAGAGCUAUCCUCUGAUCUCCACGAAGGUGGAAGAGUCCGGAGAACAUGUCAUCCUGGGGACCGGAGAGCUCUACAUGGACUGUGUGCUGCACGAUCUCCGCAAGCUGUACGCAGAGAUGGAACUGAAAGUCUCAGACCCGGUGACCAGGUUCUGCGAGACGGUAGUUGAGACGUCCGCAAUCAUGUGUUAUUCUAUUACGCCGAACAAGAAGAACAAAAUAACCAUGAUCGCGGAGCCCUUGGAUGACGGCAUUGCCGAAGACAUCGAAAGCGGCCGUGUCAGCAUCAAGGAUCCAAUACGCAAAGUUGCCCAGUUCUUUGAAGAAAAGUAUGACUGGGACAAGUUAGCUGCCCGAAGCAUCUGGGCAUUUGGUCCGGAUGAGACGGGACCGAAUAUCCUCCAGGAUGAUACACUGCCAUCGCAGGUGGACAAGAAGCUUCUCGGGACUGUGAGGGAUUCAAUUGUUCAAGGUUUCAGUUGGGGCACAAGAGAAGGUCCCCUGUGUGAAGAGCCUAUCCGAAACUCGAAAUUUAGACUCACGGAUGUGACCCUUGCUGAUCAAGCCAUAUACAGGGGAGGGGGACAAAUCAUUCCCACUGCCCGCCGUGCCGUCUACUCAUCUUUUCUCAUGGCAUCACCUCGACUAAUGGAACCCAUCUAUUCGUGUGAAGUUCUUGGACCAGCAGACGCUGUAUCAUCGGUUUAUACAGUCCUCUCACGCCGACGAGGCCAUGUUCUUUCAGAUGGACCCAUUGCCGGAACACCCCUCUACUCAGUGCGGGGCUUAAUACCGGUCAUAGACUCUUUCGGCUUCGAAACGGAUCUGCGAAUCCACACUCAAGGCCAAGCUACCGUAAGCUUGGUAUUUGACAAAUGGAGUGUCGUUCCAGGAGAUCCACUUGAUCGAGAAGUUAAGCUUCGACCCUUGGAGAUGGCGAGCGCGCAGGCCACGGCAAGAGAUUUCGUGCUCAAGACAAGGAGGAGGAAGGGUUUGGCGGAAGAUGUGACCGUCAGCAAAUUUCUGGAGCCAGAACUUUGGAAAGGACUCAAGGAAAGUGGUGUUCUAGAAGGGUGA